GUUCUACCUGUCGUGUGCGGUGUACUAGUGCAUUGUUGACAUGUUUCGUGAGUUUUACACCUUUGUUUACAGAAGAGGAUACGUAGAUUAUGUCAACGCUACCUUGUGAUGGGAUGUGACAGGAACGGGCCUCGUCUACCAUGACGACUUGAUUACAGACCCAGAUAUAUCCUUGCCACACCACAUUCUGUGUAAAAUCCAGUCCACAUUUUAAUGUAUUCCAUAUCACCUUCUGAUGUCAACAAAUCUCUUAACAUUCCAGCUAUUUUACACCAAACAUCGGAAGUUUUGCAUGGUGUAUUAUCAAUUUGUUCAUUCGGGUGUGAAGAGAAAUCUGGAUUUUAAUGUUAGUGUCUAUAAAUAGACUACAUUCUUGUUGAUGGGAUCAUUACCUCUGAUAUUUAACUACACACAAUGAUGUAUAUUUUCACCUGAGAUUAUACCAACUAGUACUUUAACUGUUGGGUUGUCCGUGGUAUUAUGAUGAUGGGGUUACAUGUCUGACAUGGAUAUGACAGAUGCCCUUUGAACCCUACAUGUUUACCUGUGUUCGUUAGUGGGAUGACACCUGUGUAGGAUUCUGCUUCCUGGACCAGUAUGAAGUAUGUCUGCCUUAAUGAGAUCCACUAGGAGUUGAGGCUUUAACUGAGAGGGUUUACUUAUGGACGAGACUGAUGAUGUCCACCUCAAGAGUGAGGGAGACCAUGAUGAUUCUCUAACAUCCUCCCCUGCGGUAGAUAUUCCCAGCAAAAUGUACAGCACUGACUCUGAUCUCUCCGACUGGGAGAUUCGGCAGUUUGGUCGACACAAGAUCACAUCUCCACCUCUAAUACACAAAAACCAGCCUUCUGACAAUGAAGAAAAUGUGCCCCCUGGAUCCCCUGGGAAACGAUCGUAUGAGAAAACAUUUGAUACCGUAUCUUUUGAGACAGCCGCAGAAAAUGUCCAACUCAGUCCUAGCAAAAAAAAGCAUAAGGAGCAGGUGUGGACACCUGGCAAGGAGAACCAGGGAAGAAUGCCAAAAAACUGGAACAAUUCUGUGUCAUCCAGAGAUAGUGCUCUUGGAAGUUCACUUUUUUCGGCUUUUGGAUCUGUUUUAACAGACAGUUCCACAUCCUUUGACAGUCAGAGUAAUUCUGAUGACACCACUUCUAGUGUCAACAGUUCUCCUGUACAUAGUGUCUAUGGCCGUUACCAGAAAAUUUACACCAACGACAAGGGAAAAAAUACAGGAGGAAAAAGUCUUAGGGAAUACGAGAAUCUCCUGCUGCACAGACUUCCAGGAGAAAAUCUUGGAAUGAUUCUUGGAAUUGAAGGAGGGAAAUUUAAUGAAACAAUAUCGGGAGUGUUUGUAAAAACUGUGACAAUAGGUGGCGCUGCCUAUCGAGCAACAGGAAGCUCAAAGGGCAUAGCCGUAGGUGAUGAAAUUCUGGAAGUGAAUGGUAUGGACUUGAAGGAAAUGAACAGGGAUGAAUGUAUGACAGUUCUCAAAGAAAUGCCUCUUCGUGUAAACUUGAUGGUGAGACGUGGAAGUAAAUUUUCUGGGCCAACUUCGUCAGAUGGUGUAUCACACUUCAGACAGAAGAUGAAGGAGGUCAGUUCUAGAGAGAUGAAGGUGUGUAAGGACCAACGAUUCAUGCAGAAUUAUGCCAUGACAACGACAACUUCAGAAAGUGAAGAUGAUCUCCUGGAAGGGUUUGCCCUCCAUCGAGUAGAAGUCGACAAAAAUCCCGAGGAAAGCCUUGGUAUCAGUAUUGUUCCCAGCUAUGGCUCUACAAGGGAGUUCUAUCAGGUAAAGAGAUUACUGCCGAGUGGAGCUGCAGCAAGGUCCACUAAACUCAGAGUUGGAGAUCGACUCGUGUCCUGCAAUGGAGUUAGUCUACGAAAUCUUGCCCAGGCUAAAUGUUUGAGUAUUCUCAAAACUGAGGCUCAACAGGGUGACCUUGAACUUGAAGUUCUCCGUCAAGCUGAGAAUGACACUCCUAUGGAAAUAUCGGUGAUUGUUGCCAAUGGGGUAGGAUCAAAAGAAUCAAAAGUUUCUUCAUCAAACCAACAGGAGAUUUAUCCGAACUCUGGACUUGAAUCUGAAAGUGAUAAUGAUGUGGUUCUGAGUGGAUUUCAUUUUAAUCGCAGCGAAGGUAAUUCCGAUAGUGUGAAUCAAGUGUUCGCUCAGAACGUAAAGCUACAAAAUCGUGCUCCAACUAAACAUCCGCCUCAGCGACAUACUUCAGAAUCCAAUGUGUCCGAUCAGGAUUCUGACUACUCUCUAAAAUCUCAACACCAAAAACUUGUCAAGGCAAAAAUGGCAUCAAAUUCCUCAGAUCCUUGGAGUCUGGCACUGCCACCUCCCGCUGAGUUUUCUGAUGAUGCGGGAUUGAUGAGUGAGGCUGGGGAUACUGGGGAUGAACACGUCCCAACAACAAAUAUUGAUGAUAUUCUCAGUGACUAUGCACCAUCUAUCUCAGGACCUGCUUCACCAAGGAUUGAACCUGUCAAAAGAGAUUUACAGCCUGUAGAUGCUUCUAGUGGCUUAGAUCGAUCACAAGAAAGGAAAAGAGUUAACUCCUUGACACAAAUUCAGGAAAGUCCACAAGAAUUGGAAAUAGACUUAAGUAGACAAAACGGAAUAGAUAUUACACCUUCUCAGGUAAAAUUGCCGACCAAUAGUGAUGGAGGUUUGUUAGAAGUCCCUGAUAAAUCAAUGAACAAUUAUGGCUAUGACACACUUAGAGAACAAAGGCAAGUGAUGGAUGUAUUUGAUAGCUAUUUAACAUCGGAGGAUGACUCUAUUGUAUCUCACAAACAAAGUAGUCCUGAAUCACACUCCAAUGUUCGUACACAAGGCAGCCCUCAAAUCAAACAGAGAAACGCUCCUUCAAAUCAAGUGACAAAUGUUAUUCAUGGAGACACAAAGUUAGGCAAAAAUGUGGUGGAAGAUUCAGGUGAUGAUGAAAGAAUUGUGCCAGUACAGGUGAAGAGAGAAAUGUCUGCCCCUCCUAACUGGGCCAAGUACAGUCUGUCCAGUGACAUACCUGCUUCAGUGUUUGACCUCCCAGAAUCUUCUGUUGAUGAAGGGGUUAUCAUUCCAGCAUCAAUUCAGAGGGAAAAGAAAACACCUAUAUAUGACUUUCCUACACCACAUCUUGAUACAAGUCCUCCAAGAGAAAAAAUACCACAGCGACCAAAACCUCAACCACGGAAGUCCAAAUCAAGUGAAUCAGAAGAAAGCAUGGAGGAAAUGGUUUCCCCCAUUCAUGUUAAGAAAGAAGAAAGUUCAAAAGUCCUGGUAGAAAAAAUUGGUACCGAUAUCGAGGAGACAUUUAUUGUUCCUGAGAAAGCAACACGUGAAAAUUCUUGGAGCGGUGGUGUUCAGUUUGUUCUUAUGGCAAAUAAGUGGGCAAAAUCAUCAAAUUCUGUCGAUAAUGAACAUAAUAGUGGUCUGCUGAAUGUCAUAUCUAACUUGAAGUCCGAUAAAAAUGAACUAAAUAUUUCUACAACAGAGGUUAGUGGUGUUACUGUCAAGCCAGUAAACCAGGUCUCUGUCACACCUGUGUAUAACGAGCAAAAGUCUAGACGUGUGUCAGGUGAAAAUGUCACACCUGUUGAUAAUGGAAAUAGGUAUUCACCUGUUCAGGGUGAAAAUGUUGUCAACAUCACUGUUGACAGAAACCAGGAAAGGCAAAGUUCUGAGGAGGACUCUUUUGUAAACGAACAUAUCAUCACUCCAAGAAUAGAGGAAUUUGCUGAUGAAAAUGUCUCACCAGACAGAGGUUCAUUAGACACGAAUCAGCCAACCCACAAAACUAUUGUAUGUGUCUCUGAUGAUUUUAAAAACACUGUAGGUGAAGAUAGUAAUCUUAAUCUGCCUCUGACUCAUGAAAAUGCUGUGACGUUAGAAAAUGCUGUGACCUUAGAAAAUGCUGUGUUAAUGGAUACAGACAUAAGUGGAGACAAGCCAAUGAUACCAGGUGUUUCUGAAUCAUCAACAUCACCUACAGUGUCGCCCUCUGUUUCACCACGUUCUCCCGUCAUCAAGUCGAGCAAUGAUACCUUGCUGUCUCGAUCGCCUGUUCAGAGGUCUCCUGAUGCCAAGUCUCCUAUUCCAAGGUCACGGGAAGACGUUUCUCCAGGGAGGAAUUCCCCGUCUCUGUCCCCUAGGGCUGUAUCUCCAGGGAGGAAGUCACCAUCCCUGUCUCCAAGGGCUGUGUCUCCGGAUAUUAAGUCUCCAUCCCUGUCCCCUAGGGCUGUGUCACCAGGGAGAAAGUCUCCAUCUCUGUCCCCUAGGGCUGUGUCACCAGGGAGGAAUUCUCCGUCCCUGUCCCCUAGGGCUGUGUCACCCGGGAGAAAGUCUCCAUCUCUGUCCCCUAGGGCUUUAUCUCCAGGAGUGACAUCAUCUGUGGAUCCUGUGAAAGAAUCCGAAUUAUCAACAACCAAAAUAUCUGUUGUUAAAUCUCCAACAGUUUCCCCAAGGUCGUCUGUUUCUGCUCCCCCUUCAACAGUUUCAUCUAGUGCACCACAUAGAUCAGAAAAAGGUGAUGAAGUCCAAGCAGUGAAGUUACAGGAUGCUUCUGUAGAAUCUGCACCAAAACAGCCAACAAAAUACACAACAUCAGUAGCUGUGACCAAACCAAGUCUUCUAAGUACCAUAAGGUCCCAGAGAACAACGACGCCAGGUCACAUGAAACCUUUGUCCACCAUUAAACCACUGAAGAUCAACACUAACUUCCAGCCCAAGCCUGUGAAAUACAGCACCACCAUCAACACGAAACCUUCACUUCUGUCCACACUGCAUGGGUCUGCUCUCUCUUCCACCUCCUCAACAGAUGCUAAAUCUUCAAGGUCAGAGGAGGAACCAUUCCAGGUCAAUGUGCUGAAAGGUAUUCUAGGAUUAGGGAUGAAAGUCAAGGUCACAGCUGAAGGUUAUACACAGGUCACAGAGGUCCAGUCCACAGGUCCUAUAGCCAAGGACAAAAACAUCAGGACUGGAGAUUACAUCCUGGCUAUCAACAACACCGAGCUGACUGGUCUCCAUGACAGCAAGGUCCAGCAGAUCCUCCGACUCCUACCCCGCGGCCUCGCCAAAAUUAUCGCCUCAGCAACUCCACCUAGUGCUGACUACAGCAAUCCAAGAGGAGAUUCUAAAGAGCCUGCCAACAAACCAGAAGAUGUGGACACAGCAAAAUCAACCCAACAUGUGGUGUCAAAGGUCUCUCCAUCUCCCCUGAUCCCAGUCAAACCCUCUGGGCCUAAGGUAACCCCUAGGACAGUUGUAACCUCCUCUGAACCUACCAAACAUAUAUCUUCAACCUCCCUGGGUAAUCAGGUGGCAGAUAGAAUAGAGCCAACCAUCAGUAAUAAGCUUCAGACUACUAUAAUUACUAACAGCCAUGAACCCGAAAUGGCAAAACCAGAGGUACCGAAACCUGCACCUAGGGAGGACAUACCAAAGUCCACAUCUAGGGAAGAAAUGCCAAGACCGUUACCAAGGGCAGACAUAUCAAAAUCUGCCUCUAGGGAGGAAGUGCCAAGGCCUGCAUCUAGGGAUGAUGCUCCAAAAUCUGCAAAUACGGAAACCAGAAUUACGUCAGAUUCAGUUGUACGGAAAGGGCCACCUCCUAUUGCUCCUAAACCUAGAUUGGACAAGCCUUCAAAACCAGAGCCCAUUGCCACUGCAAGGCCCUCGAUGGGUGGGUAUGUAGGCUCAGCAGCCGGGAAAGUUAGGACAUAUGAGAGGUCUAGUGUUACAGAAAUGGGAUCUUCAUAUUCCACUCCAAGUAGUCAUGUGGCAGCCAAGAAAAAUGUUCCACCAACAGAGAAGGCAAGUAAGGAUGUAGAUCCCUCUGGGCCUAUUGAUACUGUGAUAUUCACCUCCAUUGGUGGUCCCAACUUGAGAACCAGUCCUCCAAGAUCUGGUCAGGAUGAUCAAGAACCAAGAUUGAUUCCAUCUGGUCAUGUGGACUAUGUCUUGUCUGCUAAACCUAAAUCUCUUCAUGAGCCCUCCUCACCAAGACAAAGUCUUUCUGGACCAAUCUCUCCAAAGUUGGCAUCACCCACAGAAAAGGAUGCAUUGAAGAUCUCACCAAGAAAAGUCAAUUCUGCUCUUAGUCCACGUAAAAACAAAGAGUCUUGUCAAUUUGAUUUGUUUACAAAAUCUUCUCAGAUUGCAGCUCCUGCUACAAAGGCAGCAGCAGAAAAUGCCACAGAAUUUCUGCGACCAACAAUGCCUUCACAGCCAGGUAAGAAUGACGAGACACAUUCUGACACAACUGCACUUGACAUUGAUGUUGUAACGCCACAAUCUGCACAUAGUGUCGAGUCCCCACCCACCAUGUCUGUGGAAGCAGAUGUCAUCAGUGUUGUAAAUAAGGCGCAUGUGGAAAGUGAAAUAAAUGUUGUUGAUGUGCUGCAUGCUAGGACUGACUGUCUUCCUGAUGUCAACAAACAGGAAAAACAGGAAGUGAGAGAUGAAAUUUCACAGGAAGUGGUUUGUACUGUGGCACAUGUACCAGAAUCGGAGGACAAUGGUGAAGGUAAGGCUUGGCCUAUGCUUGACGCUUCGGUUGAGGUUUUGCAUGAAGACAACACUACUAAACCAUUUCUGACAGACAAGAGCUUGCCACAUAACACCAAGGAUGAUAAAUUUGACCAAACUGAUGAUGUUUGUGAUGCUGACAGUGAAGAUGACAGUCCUCCCCUCCCUCCCCAAAGUACCAUGCCAGUAGCAUUGAGUAUCGCUAAGGAUAUGUUAGAGGACAUUCUCAGUGAUGUGGGGGAGGAUGAACCUUCUCAGCACCUUCCAGCUGUGCCUACAACCAUUGCUAAGGAAAUGUUAAGGGACCAAGAACUUGACAUUCAGCAUUCACAAGAUUUGAUUAAAGACUCUAGUUGCGAUAAACCAGUCCUCCCUCCCUCAAUCCCUCCUUCUAUUCCUCCCUCCAUCCCUCCUUCUCUUCCUCCCUCCAUUCCUCCUUCUCUUCCUCCCUCCAUUCCUCCUUCUCUUCCUCCCUCCAUUCCUCCUUCUCUUCCUCCCUCCAUCCCUCCUUCUCUUCCUCCUUCCAUUCCUCCAUCCUUUCCCCUGAUGGACCUAUUGACAGAAAGCUCAGUAGAUGACAUUGAUGUUGUGGUUCCUGAUAGUGACAAGACAAAUUUUGGUGAUGUGAAUGAAGAUAUUAAUAAUGUUGGUGGUCAAUCUUCAUUGGUGGAUUUACCCAAUGAUGUAAAUACUAAUGCUAUCAUUGAUGGUGUGUCGCCUGCAAAUUGCAUGCAAGAAUCAAAAGCUUUGUUGUUAAGUGGAGUAACACCCUCAUCAAAUGCAUGCCCGGAUAUGAUCGUAGAUUCACAACCACAAUUACAUGGAAGCAUGCUCAUAGACUCUAAUAGUGUGGACAACAGUAGUUACGACUCUGUUUUUUACCAACAGGUUUCUCCUGGAUCCCAAGGUCAUCCAGGUGAUCAAAGUGAAAAAUCAGCCAUUCAUUUCAAUGAAAAUACUGUGAAUGGUGUUGAAGGUGAUGGAAAUUUUGUAGGUAAUGAUGUACAUAAAGAACCUGUUAAUCUGUCCACUCUGGAUAACACUUUAGAUAGUAAUGAUAUUGUUUUUUGUGUUGACAAUGCUGAAAAUCAAAGAAAGGGAGGUAACUCCCCAUUUCAAGAAAACUUCCAUGACGGUUUUAAAGUGCUCCAAGCAUCUGAAGAUCAGAUAAAUUUUUCAUAUGGUCAUCAAACUGCAGGGAAUGGAAUUACUGAUAUCAAAUCUCCCAACAGUCUUAAUGAUUUCUCCGAUAAUGACUCCUUACAUGUGAGAAGUAAGCGACGAUGGUCAGUUCUGACCGGGCCUCAGGAAUUAAAUGUAGCUUACGUGAAAGGUUCCAUCAGCUCGGACGCUACUCUAGAUGAAUCUAUAAUGAGUUCAGAAAACCUUGCCAUUUUACUGGAUAGUGCCAACGAUGUCAUGGAUCAGACAGGAUUAUCUCUUGAUGAUGAAAUUGUUGUGAUUAUCCUACAUCGACAUGACGCUACAAUGUCCAUCGGUGUGAGACUGACCAUCGGAGAGCACCAAGAGGCCGUGGUGUCCAGUGUGGAUAGGGACAGCCUGGCUGGGAAGGAUGGCCGUGUUGUCUCUGGUGAUGUCCUACUGUCGGUCAAUGGAGAGUCCCUUACUGCUGACAAAAUGGAGGAUGUUAUGGACAAUUUAAAUAAUACCAGCUCCUCUCAUGUUGUACUAGUGAUAUCUAAAUCUGACAGGUUAAAUACUUCAGAGUUUAUAGAUACAGUUAAUUCCUGUGAACAAGUUGUGCCAAAUCCAGAACUGGAGUUUCAGGAAGCUCUUGUCCCUGAUGAUAUAGGAAAUGUUGAUCAGACAGAAAAUAAGUUAAUGGAUGUCACCAACAAAAGGUCAAUGGUCAAUGUGAUUGAACCACCAUCUGAGGUCAAUGACUCACCAGGGGUCGCCACCUCCCCACCACCGGAGGUCAACAGCUACCCACCACCAGAGGUCAGCAGCUCACCACCACCAGGGGUCACCACCUCUCCACCACCAGGGGUCACCACCUCUCCACUACCAGAAGUCACAAGCACACCACCACCAGGGGUCACCACCUCACCACCACCAGAGGUCGCUACCUCACCAUCAGUCCCUGUAGUUCCAGAUGUUGAAAAUUCUAAGGUCAAAGUUCAGCCAGACAGGACCUUCUUUCAGAUGCCGGUGUUUGAUGACCCUAUAGAUGAUGCAGACAAAGAGGAGUUUGAUGUGGUCAUGACCAAAGGAGUGACCGGUCUGGGCUUCCUUAUUGAAGGGGGCAAGGCCUCACCCCGGGGGGACAUGCCCCUCACCAUCAGAAGGAUCAUCAAAAAUGGACCGGCAGACAAGUGUGGCCAGUUGAUAGUCAAGGAUGAAAUCCGUGAGGUGAAUGGAGAGGAUAUCACAGAGAUGAGGCACUCGGAGGCCUGGCAACACCUCAAAUUCCUGGACGAAGGUGAAGUAAGACUAAAGAUCUGGAGAAGGAAAGCUCCACAGUGAGGACCAGUGACCACCAGUGACCACCAGUGACCACAGGACAUUUGUCUGCUGGUCAUUAACCAGGUGUUGUAAGGAAUGGAUAGCCUCUGGUGGCUGGACGACACUUUGUAAACUCAUGGCUGGUGAUGAUGUGUGUAAUAGAUAUCAGCUAAAAUAGUACAAAUCUGUUUGAUUUCAAAUUCUUAUGAACAGGAAAUCAGAUUAAGUAGGAUAGAGGUGAUUGUUCAUCACACUGAAGAGUAGGCCAUGGUAAUCAUGUGUUUUAAUAUAUAUCAGCUAAACUCUCUCUUUUGUGGAAAGGUUGGAUGGCUGUUGAAUAGAAAGAAAAACUCUUCUUUAAACAAUAAGUGGAUGGCAAAAUGUUCAACAGAAACCUGCCCUACUGGCUUGACAAUGUACAUUUGUACCAACUGGGGGAAACAUGGAAAGCUUUAUGGCUCUUUAAUUAUGGACUGUAUCUAUGCAAUAUUUGAUAUCAAAAUCAUAUAUGUCACAAAUAUAAUGUUACGCUUUUAUAAAUGGAUAUACAGCAUUCAGUAUACCAUAUGUAUGUAGUUCUGAAUUUGGCCAGAUUGGUUUUUUUAUUUAGAAUGUAUUUAUUGUGUGCAAUAUAUAUAUACAUGUACAUUUGCUGGGCACAGAGAUUUUCACAACAAUUUUACUAUAUACAUGUAUAUAUAAUAACUGUCAUUAUUAUGUACUCAGUUGCUUCCCCAGUAAAUUAAGCCACACCAAAUUAACACAUCUUUGUUUUUGGGCUUUUUCUGAAUUUUUCCUAGUUCAAUGGAGCUGAUGAUACAUUUCUGUACACUACUAUGUCAGAAGUGUUUUUUUUUUUCUUGUGAAGUAUUACCAGCACACUUUUGUCAUAUCAUCUUCUGAAAGAUUCAGGACUUUGCGAUUGUUAAUCUUUGGAUCCAUUUGAAAUUCAAGAUGGCCACCAAAGCCUCUGAUUGGCUUGAAGCAAUUUCAAUUUUUUUGCUAAGAAGGAAUGCAUUAAUUGUAACAAUCUUCAAAUUGACCAAAAGAACAAAACGUUUUAAUUUGGUAUGACCUUAGAAUAUUCUAUACACAUUAUCAAUUAUUCUUCAUAUUAUGUAAUUAUUUGAUUCAUUAUGGUUGACAUAUCAAUAGUACUAUAUUACACUUCUUUGUGGUUUCAUUAUCACUAUAAUUAUACCGUAAGAUUUACACACAAUUUUAAUCCUGUGAAUGUGUUGCAUUUAAUGUCUAAAACCCAGUAAGAUCCUCUCCAAGAAAUACAAUAGCUAUAGAAUACUAUAGCUGAACUAAGAUGGUGAUAUUCAGUAAAAUGUUAAUUUAAUUAAGACACAAAGGUAAUCAAAAUAGUGACAUAGCAGAAUACUCGCACUCAUACAUGUACACUCCUCUUUAUACCACAUAUCAGAAAACAUGAUAUAAAGAGAAAUGUGACAUUAGACAGUGUGACAUUAAGUGGAGUUGGGCAGGCGGUACACAGCUACAUGACAUUAAGUGGACUUCAUCAGGCGGUACACAGCUACAUGACAUUAAGUGGACUUCACCAGGCAGUACACAGCUACGUGACAUUAAGUGGACUUCACCAGGCAGUACACAGCUACAUGACAUUAAGUGGACUUCAUCAGGUGGUACACAGCUACAUGACAUUAAGUGGACUUCACCAGGCGGUACACAGCUACAUGACAUUAAGUGGACUUCAUCAGGCAGUACACAGCUACAUGACAUUAAGUGGACUUCACCAGGCGGUACACAGCUACAUGACAUUAAGUGGACU